GUUCCGUUGUAUGCGCACGCAUGCUAUUACUAUGGUAAUAUAAACAACAUGGCAGCAAACUGUUGAAAAACACAUGAUUGCAGAAUGAAAUUCGAAUAAUAUCAUCUCAGUAAUAAUUUGACCAAACGGUGACUUUUCAGUGAAUUAAACAACAAGAAAGGCAACAUGUCUCGAGCACAGGCAGAAAGUGUGAUAAAAAACAUCAUUCGAGAGAUUGCUCAAGAAUGUGUCAGUAAAGGACAAGCUGUUUCAGAGACUCUUGUGGCAUUUAUGGUAAAAGCAGUUGUGCUUGAUCCAUCUAAUGAAUUCAAUGUUGAUCGUACGUUGACAAAAGAAGAUGUUCAAAAACUCAUCAAGCUAUGUGUAGAUCGACUUAUGGACACCCGUUCGCCAGCACUGGAUACAGUAAAGAUGCAGGUUUAUUUUGAUAUGAACUACACAACCAGAGAUGAUUUCUUGGAGGAGCACAGAAGAGUUCUUGAGUCGCGUCUACAGCCAGUGAUCAGAGAAAUAACUGACGGCCGAGCUCGGACUAGAGAGGAAUUGGAGAGUUUGUACAGAAAAAUUGUUUCUGCUGUCCUUUUACGGUCAGGACUCGGCAGUCCAACGGAUCUAGCAGUUGUCCGAGAAGCUACAGCUGCUUUGCAGAGUGUCUUUCCUCAGACUGAGCUUGGUACAUUCAUGUCGUUGACGAAGCGAGACAAAGAGAGGCAACUGUUGGAAUUAACCAUGAUAGUCACUGGAAUACGUCUCUUCAACAAAGAAUGCGGGAAAGGUGGAGAAGGAAUUGAUGAUUUACCUGCCAUUUUGAAUGAAGCUGUGCCAGCUACCACUCAGAGUGUGGACACAGAAAUACAGGCUACACUGAAGUGUGCUUACGAAUAUACAACAAUAUUAGAGAAGAUGUAUAACGGAAAACCAGUGGAGGGAAUUCCCAUUCAGCUACUCCGAGAAGCCCUCAUCAAUUCCAGACAACAUGAAGCAUUUCUCAGAGUUAUUUUGAAUGAUGUGAUCAGCUGUGCUCAGAAUGUGGAGUCCCUGGAGAACCAGUUGGCGACGAGGCUGGAGCAGCUACAGGCCACGGUCCAGUCAAAGACGGCAGUCCCCACGGCACAAGUCUAUCCACAGUUUAUCCAUCUGUCACAGCUGUGGAGUGGCUUCCAAGAUGAAAUGGUACUUCUCAGUGUUCUCAGCAACAUCCUGGCUAGUUUGGAACCAUUUUCUCGGGGUCAUAAAGAAAUGUUCACAGAAGAUAUCCUUUCUCCACAUCUGGAAGGGGAAGUUACUAAAACAGAUGAACAAAGAAUAAAUGAGACAAGUGGGGAAGAAAAUCGCGUGAAACCUGAAAUGCUCAGACUGGAACAUCUUAGUUGGCUUUUUCCUGAAACCACAAAAAAUUUCCAUAAACUUCCUUUGCAAUACAGAGGAUACUGUGCUCUAACAGUAGGCAAAUAUGAUCGACUGUUGCUCCCAUCAAAUCCUGAAAUAGGUGUGUUGAGGUUUCGAGACAAACAUUAUGCAUUUUCAAACAAAGACGCAGCAGUUGAGUUUGCUCAGAACCCUGAAAUGUAUAUACAGCUUGCAGCAGAAGGUGCCAAGAAAAGUCCUGAACUGAUACAGCUGCUUGAAUUACAUACUCAGUUCUCAGCUAUUACUCCAUAUUCACAGGGACGUGACACGGGGAAGAUGAUAGAAAAGCCUAUAACAAAGUGUGACACCGCUUCACAGACAGACACUCACAUACUGGAGUCCAACAUUGUCAAAUCAUAUGAAUGGAAUGAAUGGGAACUCAGGCGGAAAGCCAUAAAACUGACAAACUUAAGGACAAGGAUAACACAUUCAAUGCAAACGAACUUGAGCAACCUACGAAGAGAUAAUGUUACACAAGUUUAUUUACCAAAAGAAAAUGCCACCCAGACAAAAGAAGACUCCUACAGCAACGUGCCAAAACCACAAGUUUUCCUUGCGGGCCUGCGUGGUGGAGGAAUGAGUGUACAAACCGACAUGAUUAAAGUUGACCUCACAAUAGACGUAGAUCAGACCUAAGUUUUGUUAUGGAACCAUUACACUCCAAUCAAUAUGACUGGUCCUAAUUAUGUCUGUUUUCACAACCCCAUAUUGGAUAUAUAUUUGAAAGAAACGUUGUGGUUUUUUUUGUUAAACUUGUUUGAAUGAUAGAUUGUGUUUUUCCAUCCAGAUAUCAUUGAUAGACAUUGUGGUGUGGAUUCCAUUAAUGAAGACGGCUACUAUCUAGUACAUCAAACCUAGGACGUAUUUAUUUUAAUUAUGUGUACAAACACACCUUGCCAAAUUAAUGAAGUAAUGCACUUUAACAGAAGGAAACUUGACAAUAUUGAGUAUUUCACAAAAUGUUUUUAGCCCAAUUUUUCAACUCUUAUCCAUGUGUUAUUGUUACAGUACAUGUAAUGUGCAUUAAAUUUUCAGAAUGUU